CGCUGCCGCCACCACCGCCGCCUCACACACUCGGGGAGCGGGAGCGCGGCGCGGACGCGAAGCCGCUGGGGCUGCUGUGCCCAAAGCCAGCCGGAGCCGAGCCUGAACCGCAGCGCCAGCCAGAGCCGUGCCGUGCCGAGCCGCAGCCCGGGCCGGGGCCGGUGGCGGCUCAUGGACUGCAGGGCCCGCGGCCUGCGCUGCCCACAGGCGGCCCUCCUGAUUCUGGAGCCUGCCCGGAUGGGGUCCCUGAGGCGCAGCCCAGGCCCUGGGGGGCAACGGUUGCUGCCGCCUGCCUUGCUGCUGGCCCUUCUGCUGCUGCUGGCUCCGUCCCCAGGCCACGCCACUCGGGUGGUGUACAAGGUGCCAGAGGAGCAACCGCCCAACACCCUCAUUGGGAGCCUCGCAGCCGAUUACGGUUUUCCAGACGUGGGCCACCUAUACAAACUAGAAGUAGGCGCCCCGUACCUGCGGGUGGAUGGCAAGACAGGCGACAUCUUUACCACGGAAACCUCUAUCGACCGCGAGGGGCUCCGAGAAUGCCAGAACCAGCUCCCGGGUGAGCCCUGCAUCCUGGAGUUUGAGGUGUCUAUCACGGACCUCGUGCAGAAUGGAAGCCCCCGGCUGCUAGAGGGCCAGAUAGAGGUCCAGGACAUCAAUGACAACACGCCCAACUUCGCCUCACCAGUCAUCACGCUGCCCAUCCCCGAGAACACCAACAAUGGCUCACUCUUCUCCAUCCCAGUGGCUUCGGACCGCGAUGCUGGCCCCAACGGUGUGGCAUCCUAUGAGCUGCAGGUGGGGCCCGAGGCCCAGGGGCUAUUUAAGCUGCAGGUGGCAGAGGACCAGGACGGAAAGCAGCCGCAGCUCAUCGUGAUGGGCAACCUGGACCGGGAGCGCUUGGACUCUUAUGACCUCACUAUCAAGGUGCAGGAUGGUGGCAACCCCCCACGCGCCAGCAGCGCCCUACUGCGAGUCACUGUGCUAGACACCAAUGACAAUGCCCCCAAGUUCGAGCGGCCGUCCUACGAGGCUGAGCUGUCUGAGAACAGCCCCAUAGGACACUCAGUCAUCCAGGUGAAGGCCAAUGACUCUGACCAAGGUGCCAACGCAGAGAUCGACUACACGUUCCACCAGGUGCCCGAGGUUGUGAGGCGUCUUCUGAGACUGGACAGGAACACGGGACUUAUCACUGUGCAGGGCCCCGUGGACCGUGAGGACCUAAGCACCCUGCGCUUCUCGGUGCUUGCCAAGGACCGAGGCACCAACCCCAAGAGUGCCCGAGCCCAAGUGGUGGUGACCGUGAAGGACGUGAACGACAAUGCCCCCACCAUUGAGAUCCGGGGCAUAGGGCUGGUGACUCACCAAGACGGGAUGGCUAACAUCUCAGAGGACGUGGCAGAAGAGACAGCUGUGGCCCUGGUGCAGGUAUCUGACCGAGAUGAGGGAGAAAACGCAGCUGUCACCUGUGUGGUGGCAGGUGACGUGCCCUUCCAGCUCCGCCAGGCCAGUGAGACGGGAAGUGACAGCAAGAAGAAGUACUUCCUGCAGACCACCACCCCGCUCGACUAUGAGAAGGUCAAAGACUACACCAUCGAGAUUGUGGCCGUGGACUCUGGCAACCCCCCACUCUCGAGCACCAACUCCCUCAAGGUGCAGGUGGUGGAUGUCAAUGACAAUGCACCUGUCUUCACCCAGAGCGUCACUGAGGUCGCCUUCCCAGAAAACAACAAGCCAGGUGAAGUGGUCGCUGAGGUCACUGCCAGCGAUGCCGACUCGGGCUCCAAUGCUGAGCUGGUUUACUCGCUGGAGCCUGAGCCGGCUGCCAAGGGCCUCUUCACCAUCUCACCUGAGACUGGAGAGAUCCGGGUGAAGACAUCCCUUGAUAGGGAACAGAGGGAAAGCUACGAGCUGAAGGUGGUGGCAGCCGACCGGGGCAGCCCCAGCCUCCAAGGCACAGCCACCGUCCUUGUCAACGUGCUGGACUGCAAUGACAAUGACCCCAAGUUCAUGCUGAGUGGCUACAACUUCUCAGUGAUGGAGAACAUGCCGGCGCUGAGUCCGGUGGGCAUGGUGACGGUCAUUGAUGGGGACAAGGGGGAGAACGCCCGGGUGCAGCUCACGGUGGAGCAGGACAAUGGUGAUUUUGUUAUCCAGAACGGCACGGGCACCAUCCUCUCCAGCCUGAGCUUCGAUCGGGAGCAGCAAAGCACCUAUACCUUCCAGCUGAAGGCGGUGGAUGGCGGCGUCCCACCUCGCUCGGCCUACGUUGGCGUCACCAUCAACGUGCUGGAUGAGAAUGACAACGCGCCCUUUAUCACCGCCCCUUCCAACACCUCCCACCGGCUGCUGACCCCCCAGACCCGUCUGGGCGAGACGGUCAGCCAGGUGACAGCUGAGGACAUUGACUCUGGUGUCAACGCUGAGCUGACCUAUAGCAUCGCCGGCGGCAACCCUUACGGACUCUUCCAGAUUGGGUCGCAUUCCGGCGCCAUCACCCUGGAAAAGGAGCUUGAGCGGCGCCACCAUGGGCUGCACCGCUUAGUGGUGAAGGUCACUGACCGCGGCAAGCCCCCUCGCUCUGGCACAGCCUUGGUCCACCUGUAUGUCAAUGACACCCUGGCCAACCGCACCCUGCUGGAGACCCUGCUGGGCCACAGCCUGGACACGCCGCUGGACAUCGACAUUGCUGGGGAUCCGGAAUACGAGCGCUCCAAGCAGCGCGGCAACAUCCUGUUUGGCGUGGUGGCGGGUGUCGUGGCCGUGGCCUUGCUCAUCGCCCUGGCCGUGCUCGUGCGCUACUGCCGGCAACGGGAGGCCAAGAGUGGCUACCAGGCUGGCAAGAAGGAGACCAAGGACUUGUAUGCCCCCAAGCCCAGCAGCAAAGUUUCCAAGGGAAACAAAAGCAAGAGCAAGAAGAGCAAGUCUCCCAAGCCCGUGAAGCCGGUGGAGGACGAGGAUGAGGCCGGGCUGCAGAAAUCCCUCAAGUUCAACCUGAUGAGCGAUGCCCCUGGGGACAGCCCCCGCAUCCACCUGCCCCUCAACUACCCACCAGGCAGCCCUGACCUCGGCCGCCACUAUCGCUCUAAUUCCCCACUGCCUUCCAUCCAGCUGCAGCCCCAGUCACCCUCCGCCUCCAAGAAGCACCAGGUGGUGCAGGACCUGCCACCAGCCAACACUUUCGUAGGCACUGGGGACACGACGUCCACGGGCUCUGAGCAGUACUCCGACUACAGCUACCGCACCAACCCCCCCAAAUACCCCAGCAAGCAGUUACCUCACCGCCGAGUCACCUUCUCCGCCACCAGCCAGGCGCAGGAGCUGCAGGACCCGUCCCAGCACAGUUACUACGACAGUGGCCUGGAGGAGUCCGAGACGCCGUCCAGCAAGUCAUCCUCGGGGCCCCGACUCGGUCCCCUGGCUCUGCCUGAGGAUCACUAUGAGCGCACCACCCCCGAUGGCAGCAUAGGAGAGAUGGAGCACCCCGAGAACGACCUGCGCCCUUUGCCUGACGUCGCCAUGACGGGCACAUGUACCCGGGAGUGCAGCGAGUUUGGCCACUCCGACACGUGCUGGAUGCCUGGCCAGUCAUCUCCCAGCCGCCGGACCAAGAGCAGCGCCCUCAAACUCUCCACCUUCGUGCCUUACCAGGACCGAGGAGGGCAGGAGCCUGCGGGCGCCGGCAGCCCCAGCCCCCCGGAAGACCGGAACACCAAAACGGCCCCCGUGCGCCUCCUGCCCUCCUACAGUGCCUUCUCCCACAGUAGCCAUGAUUCCUGCAAGGACUCGGCCACCUUGGAGGAAAUCCCCCUGACCCAGACCUCGGACUUCCCACCUGCAGCCACACCGGCAUCUGCCCAGACGGCCAAGCGCGAGAUCUACCUGUGAGCCCCCUUCUGGCCCGCCGGCCAUCCCUUCCCCAGCCACCGGCCAGCUCCCAGGUGGGCCCAUGCCAGGGCCCCUGCUCCUGACCCCUCCAGCGUGGACUUCCUGGCCAGGGCCCUGAGUGGGGGGGUUACUGGCCUCAUGACCACACUGGCCCUUCCCCCAUGCAGGGUCCAGGUCUUCUUCCCUCACUUCAGCCCCCAAACCCUAGGGAGCCCCCUCUUCCCCUUUAUGGGGCUCCCCCCAGCUGAUGCCCAAGAGGGCUCCUCUACAAUGACUAGGCUCCGGUUCCUCGACUUCCAGGGAUCACCCCCUCACUUUGGGCAGAUGGCAGAGUCAAGGGUGGGCAGCACACUUUUAACUCGUUGUGCCCCGCAUGGCCAACCAGGGCGGGCAUAGGACGCCCCCAUUCCAGCCCUGCAGCAGGGCUGAACUGGGGAGCCCCUCUCCCUGGGAACUCCCAGAGGAAACUCUUGACCGCCAGGGGCUCCCUGAAGGGCUUUUGUUACCAAAGGUGGGGUGGGAUGGCGGUGGGAGUGGGGCGGAGGCCUUGUCUUCCUAUACUGCUCCUGGGCUGGCCCACCUGCCUGCCGCAUGCCCAUGCCUGGUCCCAUCCGGGCACCCCCCCUUCCCACUGGUCAUGCAGUGUCUGUAUAUAAGGACCUUGGAAUGACGUCCCCAUUUCUGCCUGAUUUGCAACUUUUCUUGUUGAUGUUGUGUUGUCUUGGGGGGGCCCCUCUGGGGGGAGACCUGCCCUGCUCCCCCUCUUCCCUGCCGCAGUGCCCCCCACCCCAGGCCUCUAUUGUUCCAUGUUGUAAAUACCCCUGGGGCUGUGGCAGGAUGGGGGUGCAGGCCAGGGAAACAAGGGGGGUGGGGGUGGGGAUGGGGGAACACUCGCCUAUCAGCAGAGCUGGGCUUUUAUUUAAUUUUUUUUAAGAAUACAAAUCUCUAUUUUUUUGGAACUGUUGCGCUGUGCCCUGGGGUGGGGGGGAUCCCCGCUCAGGCUGGCCCCCACAUCCAGACGAGCAUCACGGAGGGGCCCUGAGGCUGUGGGGGGCAGCUGGCCGGGGGUGGGGAGACUGUGCCUCUGGCCUGGUUGGGUGAGUUGGGAGCAGGAAGGUUUGCUCAGGGGGUGGCUGGUUGCUGCCCCCAACAGGGGGUACCUGCACCCUGCCCCCUCUCUGCUCUGCACCCCCCCCCCCAAGCCCCUGCCAUGACUGACCCGUCAGCCUGUAAAACCACCAUUGCCUUGAUCUCAGGGGGUGGGAAGGGCUGCCUUAGGGCACCCUGGGCUCCAGGCCCCCUUCUUCCAGUUGGGCUUCCCUUUGCCAGGGUCAGGGGUCCCGUGGCGUGGGGGGAUCGGGGGGCAGAGAAGCCCAGUCAGCCAUGAUGAGGUGGGAUUCUUUUCUUCACCUCAGGGGGCCAGGGUGUGAGGGGCAUCCUGCAGAGGCCCCAUCUCCCACUGUGGCCAUCUCAAAGCCUCAGCCCCUCUUCCUUCCACAAACCCCCACUGCCUUGGCCCAUACCUCUCCGGCUCCCCAGGGGCCCAGGCUGGGAGGCUGGAGACUCAGGGUAUGGCCCUUGCUUGACUUAGUCUAAGCCUGGGGGUGUGGCCCGAGGGUGGGAGGGGUGGGUACAGGCUGCUGGGUCGUCUGGUGCCUUUGGGAGCUGUGCUGCUGGAGUCUUGACUCCUGUAACCCCAGAGACCCCACCUCCACCCCUGAAAGCCAGGGGGCUGAAGAAUCACCUUGUUCUCUGCUCCGUGCCCCUAGCUUGGCUUGGGGUAACAGUGCUGGGAAGGAGAGCCUUGUUAGGCUCGUGGCCCCAGCAUACACAGCCCUUCAGUGGAGGGUGGGGGGGGGGUGGUGUAGAGUGGCCUGGGGUGGCAGCAACCAGGUCUAGGGAUUGGCCAAAGGCUCCUUUCCCUGGGGGAGGCCCAGGAAGUGGGCUGGGGCUUGUUAAAGAGACAGCCCCUUCCCCCUGCACAAACGGGGCAGGUGCAAUAGUGGUGCAGUUGGUAACGUGAGGUGCCCCGCUGGUGGGUCAGUGGCCUCGAGGGCUGUCCUGGGUCCUGGGGGUCAAGAUUCUGGCAAGAGGAUUGUACGAGGCCCAUUUGCUUGGUGGAGAGGGUGGUCCAGACAGGAGGCAUUCCUGGGGUCAGUGGACUUCCCCUGGAAGCCCCUGGUGGCCUGGGCACCCUGGCCUGGUCUCGGAGACCCCUGCGCACUAGGUGGAAGGGCAGAGGAGCAUUUUGCACAGUGGAGAAGCCAGAAGGAAGGGGGUGGCCCAGGUGGCUGGGAGGGCUGAGAAGCACAGAGGAGGAGCCCUUCCCACAGGCAAAGGCAGAGCCCCUAGCCCCCUGGUUGGGGUUGGGGCACUGAGUCUGUCACCACCUGGGCACUUGAGAGGUGAAACCAAAGGUGGGCAGGGGAUGGGUGACAGCACUGGGGACCAUGCCUGUUGGUCCUAGGUCUGUGAAGCCCUUCCCCAAUGCCUUGUGUCGCGUACAGUUUUAUGUACAAAUAGGCGACAUUUGGCCAGAGGAGACCCCGCUCAAACCCAGCCUGACCCAGUCAGUGUCUUCCUAGAGGGGACCUAGUCUGUCCCUACCUCCUACUUCAGAGCAUGUCUCUUGGUAGGGGGAGGGUAUAUGGGGACAUACUUCUCUCCUAGGGUCCCUGAAGCGCGUCUCACAUCCUCGGGGGAGGGUCUCUGGGGCAUCCCUCACCUCUGGGGGCUCCCUAGGCCCUAUCUCUCCCCUUGGGAGUCUCUGGGUGGGGGGGACAUGUAUCCCCGCUGGGGACCAUGGGAGCAUGUCUCCCCCGCUACCCAGGCUCUCUGGGGAGCCUGUUGUCCUCCCAGGGUUUCUCGGAGUACUUAAGGCAUGUCAGUCUUGGGCCAUGUCUCUUCCCAGGGAAGGGGGCUAUCUCUGAAGCAUGUCUGGGAAGAGAUGUUUCUGGCCCUCCCUGCACCUCUUCCCCAGGGGUGUCUCUGACUUGCAGCACUUCGGAUGAGACUGGGCAGCUCUGAGCUGUCUUUUCUCGCAGGGGCUCUGGGAUACCUCUCUCUCCUGAGGGCCCGGCCUCCGGAGCCAUUUCUUCCCUGUGUGGGGCCGUCUCCUGGUGUUUGGUUGGCUUGUGUUGGCCAAGAGAAAGCCUCUUAGGGGGCGUCUCCACGCGGGACUUCUCUGGGAGGGGGGACUGUGUCUCGCCCAUGGGGUUCCCGGGCGGUGUGUCUGCCCGUGGGGAGGGGGAGACUGUGUCUCCUCGGGUUAUCUGAGUGGGGAGGGGGGCCGUGUCUCUCUCGUGUGUUGGGGGGCGGGGGUCGGGGAGGGGGGUUUUGGGCGCAUCGGAUGCCCACACUGGGGUCGUGUUUCUCUUGGUUCGUGCCACUUCCCACCGCCUCGCUCCUCCCGGGAAGGGCUCCCGUCCCGCCCCCACUCCACCCCCCGUCCCUGGCGCUGCGAGCACAAUCCCGUCGAUUUGUAAUGAUUUCUGUCUCUGUCUUUCUCUUUCUCUGACCACCCCCGCCCCCCCACCCCGCCGCGAGCAUGCGCAGGCACCUCCCCUACCCCUCCGGUUCGGUUCGUUUCCGGUUUGUUUGCUGAGCUGUCAAUGAAAGACCCGUGUAAUUAUUCCCGAGCUUUACAAUAAAAGUGUGAAAACCGGA